ACAAAAAAAAAAAAAAAGAUUGCACAGGAUGCUAGUUUGACUGGUUCCAGACAAACCAGGUGUGGAAAAUGAUGGGUGGAAAACAUGUGGUGUCUUGUAGCUGUUACAGGUGGAGUGGAAAUAGCUAUCUGCAAACUUUGGCAUAGAGCUUUUUGUCACAGCUCAAAUGGUAACGGUAACUUUGAGUCAUUUCUUUUUAAAUGGUGCAGAGAAAUGUAUUUGCAAAGAGGGGAAAGGGACAGAAUGAGGGAAUGAGGUAAAUAAACACAAGUCAACUGGUUCCAUGGCAGCACAUUUUAUUCAUAAACAUCUUGAACUUGAAAAUAACUUCUCGAUCCAGCUGCAAAAUGUUUGUUUUUAAUGCAGUUUUCCACCCUCCUUACAUCUUUAUAUAUUAUAUUAUUUUCAGAUGCAGAAAUUCAUUUAUGUCUGGACCAACUUCUGUAACUGUGAUGAUUGGAUUGGAUUACUCACCUUCAGAUCCCACACGUCUUAUAAAAGUGUCUCUGAGGUCUUUACGUUCAUAUUCAUGGAAUUUCUCAUGGAAUUUCUCAUAUUAAUUGGUUUUGUUUGAUUAAAUUCCUCUCACCAAAUAAUUUAUGCAUGAAUAAUGUUAUGCGGAAUCCAGCCUUAAAGUUGGCUGGAUCAUGCACACACGUUAGCAAUGGCUAACUUUAGCUCCUCUCAGAAGGUGCUAAUGGCUGUCUGAUGGAUGUUAAUGAAAAGCCGAGACGGUGGCUGGUGCAGGGAUGUGUGUAGCACUGUCAUGCUAUUUGCCAGACCUGGUGUAUUAAUAGAGAUGUUACAGUGGGUUUCUUGGUUUUGACACAUGAGAAGCGGAAUUCAACUUUAGCAUCUCAAAGGCCAAAUCUGUGGCUCGUUCAAGUAUGAAGUCUUCACUGCUUAUUCAUAGGUGUUAAGUUUCUCUUUCUGUGCAGGUGGAAACAGGGCAGCUUUGGUUUCACUUCUGAGUCCUGUUAGGAUUGCCUUAUAUUUACUUACUUUUACUUUGUUUUACUUUAUAUCUGGAUUAAUUUCUGGAUUUCAUGCAAUUUACCCACAGUUUUGUUCGUUUUAAUAAUUAUAAUCAGACACUGAACUCAUGUUAUGUCUAUAGUUGUACUUCCAAAUUCCUCUUCUUUGAAUGAGACAUUAGAUACACGUCUUCAAGGACAACACUCAGACACACACAUUUCUUAUCACACCUAAGUGGAAUCUGCAUGGAUUGGGAGCUGGCCUGAUCAUGACACGGGGUUCUGGCCAGUAAGACCUGGGUGCGUCCAGCCCUCCUACUGUAGCGGGCAGGCCCAGCCCGAGAAGAUAAAUGCCCAUUACUCCUGGAACUCUGGGCUCUUGCCUCAUAGAGAUCCUCAGGGAGAUUCUCAGGCUGCCAAUAAAACGAUCCAGCUAACAAGUGGUGUCAUGACUAUGUGCUUCUUGCACUUGCAGAUACUUGCUAAUUUCUUCUGCUGAGUCAUUGCUUUACCAUUUUUCCUCCUGUCAAAUAUAUUGUGUUGAUUUCUUUUUUGCAAACAAAGACCAGGGGCCCCUUUUGCCUCAGUAUGAAAGAAAAAUGCCAAUCCGUGACAAGCCCCUAUAUGUGGACAGGAUCCUGUAUCCACAGGCCCCCAUUGUCCCUCCGCUGACUGUAGUCAGGAAAGGGACCUAUUUGCAUCAGACAUUUUUGUACUUUGUCCACUAGCUCGUGCCAAGAAGCACCUUUAUGUCGUAUUCCGGUUUCAUUGCCGCACACGUUGGCUUAUCUUGCCCCCGUUGUUUGAAAUGGGGUUGAAGUAUUUAGUUGUUGUUCUUUUCUUUUUUUUCUCGACAAACAGGUUCGGCAGCUGUUCCGUGAGCACAAAAGUCACCGGAAUACGCAACGUGCUUUGCCACCAACUUCCCCAGUAGUCUCAGAAAGCUACGCCACGCUGUGAGCGUGGAACAGUGGGGGCAAACAAAAAAAGGGGGGCGCCGAGGAAAUUACGGUGAAGCAGGACUUUUACAUCGCCGUUCUCUUUUUCUUAAAGCUUUCGGUUGUUUUGGUUGAAUUUUUUUUUUUUGGGACGGCGACGCUCGCGAGCCCGAGACGCUCGCCGCGGGCAUCAACAGCAACGACGCUGCUCUCCGGCAACUGCCUCUCCAGCCCAGUUUGGUUUGGACUUUCAAGAUGGAUGCUUUAACCUCGAUAGGUUUCUGUUUCUUUUUCGAAGGGGACUCGACGUACGUCGACCCUACAAGCGAGUAGCGGCUAGCGGUACCGAAGCGGCGUUCCGCCUCAGCGGACGUAUCCAUUUGGAGGCAAUAAAAGUGAAUUUACGUGGACAUAUUUGCCUCUUUGUUCGAACUGUGGGCUAUUUGGCAACUUCCUGGUUGUCGCAUGAAUAUGUCAGUUAAAGCCGCGGCGACAGCCCAAGUGACUUUGAGUGCUUCACAGGAGACCGGACACAUGGGUUUUUCCAAUUUUCCUGUAAUGUUUGAAAUCAGAGGCUGCUGCUGCUUUCAACGACGACCAAGAGGGGAAGGACAGAUUUCAUAAGCGAUGGAAAGUGGGAAUGGUGCAGCCUCGAGUAAAGGUGGUGUUUUGAUACCUGUGUCGGAGUCCUCGGAAGUUUUUAUGAGCAGUGUCUUGGCCCCACUUCAAAGUUCCUACUUGUACGAUGAAUCGAAGCAGUGUUUCAGAUACAAAUCGGCGCUUUUGGUGAGGAAUCCUGCUCUGGAAGAAAAGUAUUACGCCUUCAGAGAAAAGAAGAAGGACGCAGGAUAUUCAGAACAUGAUCUCAGUGAAUCGUACGGCUUUUUGCUGUUUGACGAUAAAAACAAGACUAGUGCACUCGGGGAAAGUGGCCUGCUGUCUGGAAAUAGCACAUGCACGACUCUGGGAGAUCCCUCGAAGGGUGUUUACAUAUCAAUGUACUCCGACUGCUUGGAUCUAAAUCGUUGGUAUCAUGGAAAGUCUGGAUACAUCGCCAUCUUCAAGCUGACAAAGGGUAAAGUUAAAAAGGUGGCGGAGAACUACACCCAGAAUUUUACUGAACCCACUGUGGGCUUUGACUGUCAUGUGUCCGAACAGUUGCCUUCAGUUUCUGCCAAAACCAGCUCCUUUCUUGCCUUUGAGAGAACACAAUAUUACAUAUACGAGCUGCUCGAUGACGGAAGCAACGGAACAGCUCUGUGUCCCAGUGCUCUCUAUCCAUUUGCCAUUGUGUCAUUUUCAUACACGGAUACCAAAGAAGCCCCUCCCGUUCCAGAGGAAAGAAGUGAAAUGAAAAAGACUGUUUGCCAUUACCUGGCAUGGAAGGGUCAGCUUCAGAUAGACAGUCAGCUCUACGCGCUUGAGCUGAGGUCGACUGCAGGAGCCCUCAUCCCUGCAAAACUGCAAUCUGUGGUGAAAAUUGACAAAGUCAUCUCCAUGUCUACUCUGCGACAACUGCUGCCAAAAGCUGUGUUUGAAGCCCGCUACACCGAAGAGGUCUUUCUUGAUGGCUUCUACUGCAGUCUUUGCGAAUUUGUGGGGGAGGAAACCAACUCAUUUGCCCUGCUUUUACGAGAGAUAAAGGAGAAAAAUCUUGCCCUAGCUGCUCCGUUAAAUGAUGGUGGAUUUCUUAUACUUUUGCACUUUUCCCAGUUCUUCACAUAUCAUGAUCAUGGCACCUCUCCGGCUGAGGUCUUGCAAGGAAUCUUUGUGUUUCCUGACUCUCGAGUUGUAAGGAGAGACACAAAAUUUGGACAGAAUAAGUUUCCCUUGUCUGCUGAAAUCCUUCAGAUUCUACCUGCGCUAAGUUAUGCAGAGUCUGAAGUGGAGAAAACGCCUCUGGACCCGGGUGAAGAGUUGUGUGAGGUUUUGGCGCAGCAUAUCCAGAGUUACGCCACGCUGAUAAACCCAGGACUGGUAAUAAGCCCCUCAAGAGAGGUCAGCAUUUUUCCAGAUCAGUACGACGUCACAGAUGCCCACAAGCACCUCUACUCAACCCCAGAGUGGACUGACCAGGGAUGGGAGAGCAUCAAGUCCUACCUGAGCAAGCCAAACUCCUUUCAGCUGCCUGUAUCCAAAGUUUCAGAGAUCGUGGUGGCUGGACAGGAGGAGCGGAGAGAAGACCUCGUUGAUGAUGUCUACAUCUGUCUGUCAUCACCUGAGGAGGCACCAGCCAGUCCUGUUCAAAUGGAAUCAGACAAACAGUUACUGGACCAAGAGGCUGCUGUCAAUGUUGAGAAUCCAGUGGACAUUGAUAUGCCGUCUGUUGAGCCAGACAACUUGCAACCUCUGGAUCUUUCCAAAGACGAUGAAAAGUCCAUGGACCUCGCUGGACUUGACGAAAGGAAUGAUGCAGGGGAAAAGGGGGCUUUCACUUAUCCCUCAGAGAAUCUUUCCUCAGAGCUCAUUGUCAGCAUCACCUCAGCGGAGCACAGCAGCACUGACGAAACUGUUAACGAUGCAAGUGCUGUGGCGUCGGCAAAUCCCAGUGGCUUUCAUUUUCCUGGUUUCCCAACCGGAGUCAUGUUGCCGACGCCAGAACUGAACUCUCUUUGUGGUGAGACUGACAAAACAAAAACGGUUCUGAAAUCCCCCAAGGUCACCAAUGGCACAGGGGCUCAACCGAGGAAACUGCACAGAGGAGUGUCCAAAGCGCAGAAGAGCGGCUCCAAAGCCUGUGUCGAGGCUCACAGUCUGCAGGUGGCCACAGCCCCACUGGAGGUUGUUAGUUUAAACUGUCAGGUGGAUGAACGGACUAAGGAACCAGACCGCUCCCUUUUGAGCCAUCCUUUGAAAAAAACCUGGAGGAAAUAUCAUCGGCGGAAGCGCAGAUUUGGAAAACUAAGGAACAAAAAACUGAUACCAGCCACCGUCGGCUCAGCCGUGGUGAAAAAAGCAGACGCUGGACAGCACACCCUGGAAACCGCCAUCCUGCAACAACUGGAGACCAUUCGUCUGAAAAAGAAAACUGAGCGCUGGGACCUCAAGCCAGUUGUGAGCGAAUGCGGAAGAAUCUUGGUUCCUCACGGCUCUCUGGAGUUUGCGCACAAUUUUAAGUCUGUAGUUGCCAAGCUCCAGACUACAAAAGAUGAACAGCAACCCAAAGAUGCUGCUCUUACGACUUCUGAUUCAGUGGAAAUGGAGAAGAAGACGAGCACUGCUUCAGAGAUGGCAGUGGAUGAAAUGGUGGACACAAAACCCACAGAUGGAGCGGACAAUGCUCCAAGUGUCACCAACGAUGAUCCUGAUCAAGUCAAGGAGACACGGUCAGAAGGUCUCAGUGAUUCAGUGCCUUUACCUCUAGAGACAAAAGCUGCUCCUUCAGAGAAUGAGGACCCAGGUGCUCCUGCACCAGAAGCUGCUCAGGAAAAACAAAUUAAACCCAUUUUUCCAGGAAAGUCCAAAAUGAAUGGGGGAGUUCUGCUGAGCAGGUUAAAGUCAGUUCUGUCAAGACGAAAGAGAAAAAAAGAUCUGACUGUGACGGCAGAAGAGACUGACAUUUCUGCCCAAGAUUCCGCCCUUUCUGUCAAGAAAGUCAAGGUAGACUCUGAUUCUGAGGCAGCUAUCCAGAGCCCUGAUGUUGGAAUUAAUCAAGUGUCAAAGGAGCCUACAGUUGACCCCGUUUUUGCCUAUGCCUUGGGGCUGACUCCUAUAAACAGUUUAUUUAAAGCUCAGACAACUGAGGCCAAACAAUUGCAGGACAACAAAAAAGACUUGGAGACUCAAGAACUUACCUCUGCAGAUCAGCAGCACCAAAUCAUGCAACGGCCUCCAUCCAUUUUCCCAAAGCGGGUUAGGAUAAAGACCCUCAAAAAGCAUCAAGGGAUGUCUGCAGAAAAUGUCAAAAAGAAAUGGUGGUUGCAUUUUCAAACUCCAGCUUGUUUUGCCAGUGAAAAUCUCAAAAACAAUGACUGUACUAAAGAUAAUUCUGUCAGGAAGACUGUUAAGGGAAAAAUGAAAAAAGCUUGCUCAUCUACAGAUGCUUUGAACUUACUAGCUGACUUGGCACUCGGUGCCAAUAAUGACCAGGUUCCUCUUCAAUCAAAUCCAGCACUUGGGAGAAAAUCUGAGACAAGUUUGAAGAAGCUUGACCUCACAAAAGGUCUUACACGGGCUGAACAAGAAUCGGUUCUUCAUGCUCUGCUUAGACAGCCUGCUGCUAAAUUCAUACAGCCUCAUAAGUCUCCAUCACCAAGCCCACUUGUGGGAGACAGUGAUUUGGUUGGUACUCCCUUCCAGGUACUACCUUUAAGUGGUUCAACCAGACUGCUGCACCAUUACCAGACAAUGUAUGGCGAUGGAUUGAAAACACUACACCCCCCUGUCGUUCAGGAAGACAUAAGCGAAAACAACAGGACUUCCAACUUCCGUUUGAAGCACAGGCGCAAGUUCAGACACUCUCGUUCCUUUGUUAUGAAGGCGGGAGCCAUCCAAGUCACAAAGGAAUGGAAAGAAAACUAUGACUUUAAUCUAGACAGCAGGUUUACAAGUGACCCAAAGGACAAAACUAUCCUCCGAGCAUUGCACGGGCCGUGGGACUUAUCCAUUCAAGACACUAGAGAGGAAGUACGACUCAUCUUCCACAUGUGGAUCGGCUUGUUUUACAGCCGCACUACCGCCAGGUUCUUUCAGGAUGACUCGAGUCCUAGGGGCCCAUCGCCAAAGGGAAAUUAUUCUCUUCAAAAGGAGGGCGGCAUGGCAUCUGGACCAUUAAGGCCUAGUCUUAGGACCAAUCCAUCUGCUUCUAUCUCAAAUAAAGCAAAUGCACCAGUUCCUUUGGUUUCAGAGGCUUUAGACUUUAGCAAAAAAGACGCUUCUGCGACUGAAGCAGAAUCUGAGAUUUUGGAUUUGUCCCUGAAAAACCUGACUGACUCUUCAGGGCAACACGUCAGCCCCAAAAGGACUCUUCGGUCUAGUGACCAGACAGAACAGUCUGAUAAAGUGGACACCCUCCAGUCACCAGGAGAGCCAAAGGAGUGUGAAAAAAAGAUUGGGGACUCAACGAGACUGGUCGGUGACUUGACCUAUGGCGGAAGCAUUCACGAAAAUAAGAUGCCUGAGUCCCAAACUGCCAAGUGCCCGGAGUACACUGAUGCUGCGUCUUCUGAGCGUGAUGGAACGGCCACUCAAGAAGAAAUGCAAAGUGCACCAGUUCAGCUGGAAACUGUUCCAACUCCAUUUAGAAUUGGAGAGGUGCUACUAAGACCCAAAAAAAAGAACAGUGAUAUGAAAGCUUUCACUGAAAAUUCAGAUGCUACAGAGAACUGUUUGGUUUCACAAAAGGGAAUGGAUUCAUCCAAAUCUUUGACAGGAAGAAGCAUGGUCUCUGGCAAAGAAAAAGAUGGUGUGGGUCAUACAGAAGAGCAUGAUGAACAGGAACUCCAAGCUCUGAAAAGCUGCAAAGUAAAGAAAAACCCAUGCAGUGAGAUAUCUGUAGAUCAUCCUCAAGAGGUGCUUCAGACAUCUGUUGAUGAAUCUGAAAAUGGAGAAUCGGGAAUCUUUUGCAGUGAAAACGAUUUUGAACAACAAAAGCUUCCAUGUACAGCCUUGUCAUCAGAUCAGGCUGACAUAAAUGGCAAUGAAAUUGUUUCUAGAACAUGUGAAGGCACAGAGUUGAAAGACGUGGAUGGAUUGCAAGAGGACGAACUUGACCAGGAACAAAGUUGCAUUUCGGCUAUGCAGGCAGACCUGAUGGAUAAGCCAUUGGUCAAGCCAUGGGAUGGUUAUAAAAAAGAGGACCGCAUUUCAGAGUGUGAUCAUCAAGCACAAAUGGAUGAGCUACCUGUUAUUGAGAGCACAAAAGAGGCCCUCAGUAACAUGUGUGCAGAUCCUAUCGCCCAGAAAGAUCAGUGUUCCAAUGAGAACAUUUCAAACUCUUUGUCAGAAAUGUGUUUAACUUCUGCUGGAGAGGAAAAGUUGGAGGGGAUUCGCCUGGUUGACCUUAAUCAUGGCACCAAGCUUGCACUGGCCGUGCCCAGUGAAUGCACAAGUUCAGCCGAUGAGUCUCAGUCAGAUUUUAAUUUUUCUGAACCCAAGGAUGUAGCUAAAGAGGGAAAUGAAAGCAGGUUAUCAGAUCUAAAUGGUAAUGUUUCGGCAGGCCAGGAAACCAAGUCAGCAGAAGAAGAGGAAGCUACUGAAGAGGCAACGCUACAUGAACCGUUUCAAAAUCGCCCUCGUUCACCUAAGUGUGACAUUACAGAACAGUGUGAGGCAGGCUUGUCAUUUGCUGAGGAAACAGAUUACACAACCAAGGAGACGAUGGACGAGCAGGAAAAAAGUUGGACUGGAGUUGUAAUUCCAUUUAUUGGAAGGGACAUCUCUGGGGCGUAUGCAGUCCAAUCACAAGCCCAUGUCGAAGAAACGUUUAAGGGCCAGCAAGCUGUGCCAUUUGAAAAUGAAAAUGUUGACCCGGUAUCUCCCCUGCCACAUGUUCUGGAUAGCACAUCUCAGGUCUGCAAUGAAACGGAACAGUCAGCCCACACAAUAUCACUUCUUGAUGAAAGUGAAACUCAUUCCUUUGUCUUCUGUGACGCGUUUGACAACAGGUGCCCUACCCCAACUAUAGAUGAAAAACCAGAUGAGCAGAUGCCUUCUUUAAGCACUAACAGUAGCACUCCUGCUUUGACGACUCCAAAAUUUCUCAACAGAGCCUCAAUGCCUGUUAAUGAUGAGCCAUCAUUGGAACAGAAAUGUCCAACUACUACAGUUAACACUUAUCCCAGCCCACAUCCCGAUCUUGAACUGAGAACCCUAAGAGUUUUGCAAAGUAUUGGCAGAUACCUCUCCAAAUCAAACCAGGCUGACUCCUUCACUCAAAACGACCUGGCUGUGGGGCUACCUGAUCACUCCUCCAAACCGUUUGUCUCUGCUGAAGGUUUGCGAGAUGAACACAAAGCAUCGCCACCCAGUCUCAAUCAGGAACCUCCGCUUUGUAGUCAGCGCCCAGUUAUGGCCGUGAAACCAUCCAAGAGUGAUGAAAGCCAGCUAAACUACUCCUAUAAAGAUGCCGGUGUUGAAACUACCACGCUGAACAAAAAGAUUUGUGCACUUUUAUUAAAAAAUGAUGCAGCACAUACUGGGACAGUAGAGCCUUUGGUAAGUUCAAAUGGGCCAGUUGAUAACCACAACAUCCAAGAGCUCUCUUCAAAAACAACCCCGUUGCCAAGUGUUACCUACUUUAAAUAUAACCUGGAAGAAAAUAAAUUGGCACAGCCAGGUUGUUCACAGCAGUACCAGGAAGAUAACAUUUCAAAAUUAAACACAGUUCCAGUAUCGCCUCUUCCCAUGGAGUCUUUUGAAUCUACAGGAUAUUACCCCGAAGGUGUGGAUGGAAACCAAGGCGUUCCAAGUUCCAGUUUACACGAAAAGGUCAAGCAAAAAACAAGAAACAUGAAUAGCAAAGGCUGCUCGCACAAACUGCCAGUGCGUUCCAAAGACGAUACCGUUGGGGAGAAAAAUGAGGCCCCUGGAUCUGAAGGGUCUCUUAUAUGCACGAUCUUCAACAACGAUCGUAAGAGGUCUCCUACCAUGCUGGAGCAGCUCUCGCAGAGAUGCUUGCCAAAGGACCUCACCCAGGCCUCAUUGGAACAAGAGUGCCUCAUUUUCUCUCAGAAAAUAAAGACCCUUUUGAAAAAGAGCAGGAGGGGACCCAUCUGCAAACAGGAGGAACAAGACGGUCGGAGGCUAUCCGGCACCAGCCCAUUGGUUGUCAGCUUCUCAAAUCUAAAGGAGCAGGAGGAUUCCUUGGAUUUUGUGGACAAAACACUCUUUGAACAAAAAAUCACAGUUGACAUUCCCAAAAAAGAGGCCGUAGAGAAAGAGAAGACACUGCACCCUCAAGCUCCUUCUCAAGAAGGGUCCCACCCGGUGGAACAUGCCGGCAUCUCUGGCAUGACCGCACAAUUCGCCAAGUUGUACGAGGCAAAGAUGCAAGACGUCUGCUCUGUCAGAAAGGCCUCCUGGAGGCAAAAGAGCGCGAGAAUGCAGAGAAAUCGAGGGAGCACCAAGUCCAGCAACCAUUUUGAUUUCUGUCACCAAAUGAAAAAAGAACUGGAUGAAACGUUCCGGAGUAAUCUGAACGCAGUGGUGAAGAAAUCCUGUAGGAGAAAGUACAGAUUCCACAUAUUGGCGACAUCGGAUGAUGUCUUCUUUGAAGAAACAAAGGUGCAGUUAGAGGCAAAGGGCCACACUGUUGUACAGCCGUCUGAGUUCUUCCUGGGUGAGGACAGUUCUUCAUCUCUACUCAUCAUCCUCAGAAAUGAAGACAUUGCAGAGCACAUUACUGAGGUACCACACCUGCUCAAGCUGAAGCUGUCCCCAGAUGUGCAGUUUGCCGGAAUUGACGAACCAGACGAUGUCGUGAAUCUCACCCACCAGGAGCUCUUCACUAGGGGUGGCUUUAUAAUGGUUGACAGAACUGUCCUGGAGCCACUCAGCCUCUGUGACAUGAAAAGGAUAACGGAAAUCUUGGAAGAAUUAAGCAAAAUGGGGAAGUGGAAAUGGAUGCUACACUACAGAGACAGCCGUCGUCUGAAAGAAAAUGCAAGGUUGAGCAGCGAGGCAAAUGAGAAGAAGCAGCUCUUUCUCUGGGGCCAAGAUGCUGGAAUCCUCGAGGUCCUGCCUUACCACGAGUGUGACCUGAUGUCCAAGGAUCAUCCUGACUAUCUUGCAUGUUUGCUCCGACUACAAGUCCAGAAUAUUUCAUCUCGCUAUACAGUAUUUAUAACUGAUACAAAAACAGAGAGUGCCUUUGAGAAGAAUGGGAUUCUGACAGUCACCCUGAACGAGUUUGUGACAAAGUCUCCGAGUGAAAUGUUGACAGCUUGACUGAGACGAGUGCAAAAAGUCAAGUUUGCCUGUUUGGACGUAUUUAGAGCAUUUAAAGUGGUGUUAUACUUCAGCACACACUGCAAUAAUUCUUUAUGUUUGUGUGUAGGUCUAGCUAUGAUUCAGUAAAUGAAUAGACUGGCAUUAUCGCCAACAUGCUGACAGCUGUGCUGUCUGUCUACAUUUUGUAUAAAUAUUUUAUUGUAAAUUAUACUGUAAAAAGUUGAUUUUUACUCUGCUCUCCAUUGUCCAUACAAUUCUGACUAUUUUUGGAUGAAACAAAGCUAAUUUAGGCAUAUUUGUAGAGUUAUGUUACAUAUUUAAAGUUUACUAAUGUACAGUGAUUCUUUACUCUCAAAGGACGGAGUAAAGGAUCUUACCUUUUGAUAAUAGAUUACGCUGACUGAAAAUAAAUACGUUUCAUUCAUGGUUCUGCUUCGGUGUAUUCAAUCCUAAAAUAUGACUUCCCAUUUUAUUAAAUCUGUUUUAUUAAAAUUGA